CAAAGCACUUUCUUGUUUCCUUCCCAUCCCUCCUCCACAGUCCACUCCUCUCCACCACCACAAUGCCACGCCCACUACCUCUCCUCACUCUCGCCAUAUCUCUAGUCCUCCUUGCCUCCACCACAACUGUAAAUGCACACAACAUCACACGCAUACUAGCCAAACACCCUCAAUUCUCCACCUUCAACCACUACCUCACAGUCACCCACCUCGCCGCAGAAAUCAAUCGCCGCCAGACCAUUACUGUCCUCGCUCUCGACAAUGCUGCCAUGUCAUCUUUAAUAUCCAAGCAGCUCUCUGUUUACACUCUAAGGAAUGUUCUCUCUUUACACGUUCUUGUUGAUUACUUUGGUACCAGGAAACUCCACCAGAUUACUAAUGGUACUGAAUUGACUGCCACCAUGUUCCAAGCCACUGGUUCAGCCCCUGGCGCCUCAGGUUAUGUCAAUAUUACUGAUCUUAACGGUGGUAAAGUGGCAUUUGGCGCUGAAGAUAACGAUGGAAAGCUUAAUGCUGUUUAUGUCAAGUCUCUCGAAGAGAUUCCAUAUAACAUAUCCAUUUUACAAAUCAGUCAGCCUCUGAAUUCAGCAGAAGCAGAAGCACCGACGGCGGCGCCAACACUGAAUGUAACAGCCAUUUUGUCGAAUCAAGGUUGUAAAGCGUUCUCCGACUUGUUGAUAGCUUCUGGGGCACACACCACAUUCGAGGAAAACGUUGACGGAGGAUUAACUGUAUUUUGCCCCACCGACCCCGUUAUCAAUGGCUUCAUGCCCAAGUACAAGAACUUGACAGCUCCUCAAAAAGUGUCGUUACUGUUAUAUCACGGUAUCCCAAUUUACCAGUCACUCCAAAUGCUAAAAACCAGCAACGGGAUUAUGAACACGUUGGCCACAAACGGUGCCAACAAGUACGAUUUCACAGUCCAAAAUGAUGGGGAGGUGGUGACGUUGGAGACGAAAGUUACGACCGCGACGAUAACGGGGACGGUAAAAGAUGAGGAGCCGUUGGUGGUGUAUAAGAUUAAUAAAGUCUUGUUGCCCAGGGAGUUGUUUAAGGCGGCUCCGGAGAAAAAAGCACCGGCGCCUAAGGGGGAGAAGGAUGUGGCGGAUGGACCUAAUGCUGAUGCGCCGUCAGAUGAAUCGGAUGAUCAAACGGCAGAUAAUGAUAACGGGGUCAAUAAAAUGGGCGGUGGGAGAUUGGCUGUUGUAGCCCCGAGUUUCUUUUUUGGGGUGGUGAUGUUUUUUUUAUUUGAUUAAUUUUAUUUUUUAGCUUGAUUAAGAUUGAGAUAUUGGAGUACAGUGUAUGGACAGCAAAUGAAGAUGGAGCCAUCGAUACAAAUUGAUUUGUUGUAGAAAAGAAAGGAAAACGAUAAUUAUGGGACCAUCCCAUUUUGUUUGGUUUGGUUUCGGGUUUGGGUUGGGAUUUACGUUUGGGUUUGCUUUUAUUUGCAAUUAUGAUUUUGAAUUAUUGAUGCAUAUAAUAUUAUUUGGGUGGUACGUAAAUAAUUUCCAUCCUAUGGUUAA